UUUCCCUCGCUCCAUUGUGAAAAUGGUGGUUGCUAAUCCCUGUAGCAGCACAAAUUUAUUUUGAAAGGCUAUUUUAACGACAGUAGUUCAGUUUCUGCGAAAAGCCGUGCUUGCAGUUGCUCAAAUUGUCGGAUACUUUUCUUUCUUCUUCUGUUCGUUCUUUUUUCUCCAUUUCCUGCGUGCAAUGUAAUGCCAUUGUUUUGUAUAUUCAAACCAAAAUAAAAGGGAAAGAGAGAGAGAUAAAUUUGUAUCAUGUGAACAAUUUUAGAAAAAUCUUGUGGAUUUUUAUUAUCACUCGAACUUCUUUUUUUUUUUCUCGCGUACAUUACGUUAUUUUUGUUGCACCGAGAUCGAAUCCCGAUCAGCUCUGUUCUCGAAAUACCAUGUCAUGCAAACAAUGACGUAAAAUGACUUUAAAUGUUCUAUUUCUGCAGUAUCCAUGCAACUACAGAUCGUAUCAAACCGUUCAUUUUAACAUAGGCUGCAAUGCACAAGGCUUUUGCUAGGCUCUGGCUCUGCAGAUCAGCAGUUUGCUGGUACCAUCCCUGUGAUCCUUAUUUGUUGCAGAGUUUCAGAACUGUUUACAACUUGGCCAAACCAAUUCAGAGACACCCAUUUGAAAAUCUCGAAUAUAAACACAACAAUUUCACCGAGUUUUUCAGUAAUGUUCCACAGGAGUGUGUUGGUGCUGAGGAUUUCCGGAUGGGUUUAUUGGUCCAUGGUCGUCUCAUAAAACUUGGCAGUAAUGUAUUCAUAUCCUCAUGGAAUAAGCUACUGAGUUUGUGUUGCAGAAGUGGGCAAUUUCAGUAUGCCUGUCGCGUGUUUGACAAAAUGCCUAGUAGAAAUGUUGUUUCUUAUAAUACAAUGGUUUCAGCUUGUGUUAGGAACAACCAUGUCCUUGAAGCGAUGCAUCUUUACUCUAACAUGAAGAAGGAGCAAGCUGUUCCUAAUCACAUCACGCUAGCUGUCAUAAUUGGUGCUGGGGAUUUGUUGACAGCUUCACAUUUGAGAGAGGCAUUUCAUGCUCAAGCCGUUCGAUAUGGAUUGAGUUCUAAUGAGUUUGUAGGGAGUUCCUUGGUGGAGGGCUAUGCAAAGCAUAUAAGGCUAGAAGAAGCUAUUAAAGCAUUUGGUGACAUAGCUGAAUUGGAUUUGGUUUCAUGCAAUAUUAUGAUUGAUGGUUGUGCACGUAACAAUAGUAAAGAACAUGCCUUGAGAAUAUUCUUUCUGAUGCUGCAAGAGAACAUGGGAUUUGAUGCAUUCACUCUGACCUGCAUUUUGAAGACAUGUUCAGAACCAAAUGAUUUGAACCGUGGGAUGCAGCUCCAUGGUUGUGCAAUAAAAUUUGGUGUGGCGCAAGAAACACCCAUUUGUAAUUCCCUCAUAACCAUGUAUUCAAAAUGUAGGAAAGAAAUGAAAUCCGCCAUGAAAAUCUUCAGGGAGAUUUUAGCACCUAACAUUAUCUCGUGGACUGCAAUGAUUGGUGGGUUCACACAAAAAGGGCUGAACCGGGAAGCACUUGAGCUUUACAAGGGCAUGCUUAGGUUAGGUGUGAAAGAAAAUGAUUUUAGUUUUGCUAGUAUUCUUCAGGUGCACAGUAACCUGGCAAACCUUGAGCAGGGGAGGCAAAUUCAUGCGAGGAUUGUAAAAUCAUGGUAUGGUUUGAAUGUAUUAGUCAACAAUGCUCUUAUGGAUAUGUAUUCCAAGUGUGGCAGCUUAGGUGAUGCUCACAUGGUGUUCAUAAAAAUGGGAAAACAUGAUGUUGUCUCCUGUGCGACAAUGAUCACAGGUUUUGGACUGCAUGGUAAGGGAAGAGAGGCUCUUGAAAUUCUUGAAGAAUCGACUAGUGAAGGAUUGAAGCCUAACGAAGUUAUGUUUCUUGGGUGCCUUUCUGCAUGUAGCCAUGGUGGCCUUGUUGAUGAAGGGGUUCUAGUAUUUAGGAUGAUGGUUGACGUUUAUAGUGUAAAGCCAAGAGUGGAACAUUUUUCUUGUGUUGUUGAUAUGUUGGGUCGUGCUGGUAGAUUAAAUGAGGCAGAGAGAUUUAUUGAAGUGAUGGGGCUUGAGUCAAAUGUAUUGGUUUGGGAAGCAUUGCUUAGUGCUUGUGGGCUACAUGGAGAGAUAGCACUUGGAGAAAAGUCAGCUAGGAAGAUCAUGGAGUUACAGCCAGGGAGGCAUGGACCAUAUGUGUCGUUGGCAAAUAUGUAUGCUGACAGAGGAUUGUGGGAAGGAAAAUGUGCAAUAAGAGAAAAAUUAGGUGUUUUUGGGUUAAAGAAAGACACUGGAUGCAGUUGGAUAGCUAUGGAGAGAUUUUGAUGCAGAAAAAAAUGUUGGCUGUUGGCAAUAGGAGCCAAGAUUUUGGAUAACAAGCUUGAACUCUCAUUCUGAGAAUCUAGAUUUCUUGUCCACCUGCAGGUGAGGCCUCAAGUUUGUUGGUAAGUAAGAUGAAAAGAACUCAAUUUGGCAUUUUGUUCGUAAGCAAUUGCAAGCAGGACCAGAGAGGAGAGGGGUUUUCGUCUACUUAUCAUGCACUCUGAAAAUGCAAUGAUGAAACUCCCGUGUCAAGACAUUAUAGACAAGCUCUUUUUUCUUGGUCCUAGGAAGCUCUUUCUGUCAGCCCUCUGCAGUUUGUCAGCUUUAUCACUCCAUUGGCAGGUCUUCUGAAUGUCUGAAGUUUUUUGUCCAGAUGUUUGUGAGUUGAGAUGGUUUCACUUCUCUCAAAUAGAUGAUUGUGAGUUUUAACUCUGGAGUUUAUCAGUACUUUUGUGAAAGCAGUUUGGAUUGUGCUCUGAAUCCUCACCAUAAAAUGAUACUGAAAAUGGUUGUAUUGUCUCGCCUUUCUUGUUGCUGGUACAAGUGGCCGUGGAUCAAAUUCAACAGCUGAGCAAGUUACAUGAGCUUGUUCUUUGAGCUUAUAUCACCAGUCGGUCUCGUAUAAUCUUCAACUGCUGAAAGUGAAGAAACUUAAUGAAUGGGAAAAAAUGUCAUUUUUUUAUCUUUUACUUAUUGAUUAUCGGAUAAACUUUUAUGCACAAAGUUUGAAUUGCAGUGAGCUUGUAUCUUCUUCUUCUUCUUCUUCAAGGACAAAGCGUGGUGAUGUGUCAAACUGAGAUAAAUACUUCUUACCAACUCAUGGAAAAAAAGAAUCUCUAUUAUUGGCUUACUUUUUCUUGUCAGCUUGCAGUCCUAGAGGAAUCUUGUUAAAUAUUUGUAACAGCCUCAUGUGGAUUAACUCACAUAAUUUCUUAUUUUUCUUUGGGAAAAAAUAUUUUCAUC